UUCAACCAAUUUGAUUUUGGGACGUUGACUUAUCUAAUGAGGGUUCAGAAGUUUAGUCGGUUUAAUUGGAGUUAAUGUAUGCCAUGUGUAUAAUGUCUGGGUGACUGAAUAUCAAGCAUGAUACUCUGCCAGAGUAUCAAAUGACUCCCCUGUGUUGAAGCCUUGAAGGCUGGGUGCAACAGAUCGCGCCUCUUCAAGCAUCCAAAGAGGAAAUACAACCAAACGAAAUCAGAUCAUAGAGAAGAAAGAUGGAGAAAAUCCAAAUUGCUGGGAUUUUCAUUUUCAUUGCAGAAAUUAUAAGAGAAUAUUGUAGUUCUUCCCAAGAAAAUCCGAUAUCGGUAUUAAAAAACACUUGAUUUCUGUAGAUCACCAUGGCAUUAUAUUUCUUCUCCUCUUUCUUACUAUGGAUUUUGCUUCUUCCCCUCUCCACAUCCCAAAACACCACUCAAGAGUGCCCACAGAAAUGCGGCACUGUCGAAAUACACUACCCUUUCGGUAUAGGCAACGGUUGUUUCCAUUCGGGUUUCGAAGUUUCUUGCAACCUCCAGAGUCAGACUCCAAUGCCAUUCCUUGCCAAGACCCAUCUUCAAGUCUUGAGUGUCUACAAUGGUGGGUUACGCGCUAACUCAACCCAUUACAUGGCCACAGAUUGUGCCAAUCAAAACCGUACACUCACCCAUGUCUCAUUACCAGAAGAUGGUCCUUUCAGCAUAUCCGAUGACAACAGCUUUAUGGCAGUUGGCUGCGAUACAGUUGCGGUGAUCGCUGACAAUGACAUGUUUGCGAGUGGGUGUGUGUCGCUUUGCUCCACACGGAACAGCGUCACAAACGGCUCUUGCUCGGGUGUGGGAUGCUGUGAAUUGGCUAUUCCAAAGGGGACUAGAUAUCUUGGCCUAGGCUCGAGUAACAUGUUUGGCUACACGAAGGUUUCGAGUUUUAAUAACUGUAGUUAUGCUUUUGUGGUGGAAAGAAGAAACUUCAUUUUCAUGGAACCAGAUCUAAGGGACUUUCUAAGGACUGCAGAUAUUGCUAUGAAAUUGGAAUGGGCUAUCGGUGACGCUAACUGUUCGAAUACAAGUUUAAACAUAUGUGGCAAAAAUAGUUUCUGUUUUGAGUCAAUUUUAGGUUUUGGGUAUCUCUGCAAUUGCUCGGAUGGGUAUGCUGGGAAUCCCUACCUAAAUGGAUCAAAGGGUUGCCAAGGUAUGUGAAAUUUUCUGCAUCGUUGUUUUCUUUUUCUGUUUUCUCACAAGUAAUCACUUAAUUCUAUUGAUGAAGAUAACAACUUGGAUGUGUUUGGAUGCUCAAUUGAACUGAACUGGAAUAAAUUCAGUUUAUUAUAAAGGAAUUAUUAGAGUAGCAUGGCUCGACUGCAUGACACGAUUUUAAUUUAA